AUGGUCGUUGAUCUUGCAGCGAUGGCUUUGGCAAUGCACAAACCUGCGGGCAUUGGUGAAGCUGGCACCACGUACAAUGGCUUUUUGCGACACCUUCCAGAGUUGACAGGAACUUCAGAUAUUCGAUGCCGCCAGCAGUUAAUACCGGAUGCUGGCGGCUAUUCCGAAUAUGUUUGA